UAGUGAGGCUGGGGGAGGCUUCUCAGCCCAGGAUCUGGGCUGAGCAGGGCUGCGGAGUCUCUUCCCUCUGGGGUCCCAGGACCUGGCGCCAGAACGGUGGAUCUCUCACAGCCUCGCCAGCAUAGCCUCUGAAGAUGGCCAUCUCUGUCCUACUCUCUGCCAUUCGGGGGGGUACUGGGAUGAAAACACCUUUUCAUUUUCCGGGAGCUGUGGAUCGGACAGCAAGGGCCUCUGGGCCCACACACAAUGGAGAGACUUUCCCAAGGGCACUAGCCCAUCAGGACCGAUCACCCUGAGGGCCCACUUCCUGACACCACCCAUCAGGAUGAGGGUGCGGUUUGGGGGGCACAGCAGCCCGCCCCCAACACCACUCCGUCAUUUUGCACGUGUUCUUCAAGAUUGUGAGUAGGGCACUCUCUCAGCCUCCCUCGGGUGAAAACAGUGCUGUGGCCUUCAUUAGAGCAAGGCACUAUGGUUUGAGGACCCACACGGACCUCUGCACCCGGCCCCCACGCUGCGCUGCCGUGGCUCAGGCUGUGUCUGAUGCUGGCUCAUGCCCAGGGGUGCUGGUUUCUCCUGCUGCUACCAGGCUGCUCCUCUGUGAUUUAAAAAUUCGCCAAACUCUGCCCGGGUAGACUGUGGAGGACUUUGCUGAAAUUCCAUAGCCCUUCCAGUCCACACACACACAUCCUUGGGCUUCGCUCAGAACCAUUCCUGCUGUGCCUUCUGUCUACUCGUGCCUGGUUAGCGCGUUUGUCCAGCCUAGCCUGCUCUGCAUGUCGACUUUGCUCUCCCCACACGGCAGGCUUCUCGACCCCACGUGCAGGAGGAACUGCCCACGAGAGCCCCAACACCACCUCACCGAGCCCCUGGAGCCCAUUAAGCUCUUCCCAAACCAGAAGGAAUUUGUAAAUCCAGCUGCUCAGAUUUACUUGACCACUUGUUCCCUUCCACUUGCACAGCUAUUUCUGAAGGGAAAACUGGCUAAGACUGUGGCCUCCACUCAGGCCCCGCACUGGCUGGGCAUCACGGGUAUUUAUGAACCCUAAUGAAGGGCUACAGGGCUCACAUGGCAACAAGGAAAAGGAAGGGGCUGUGUCCUGCCGGGAAAACAUGCCAGGAAGGAUAAAAGCCCAGGAUCUCAGACAUCUCCCACACUCACACACACCUCAUUCACACUCACACUCACACUCACACACUCACUCCCAGCCCAACCCCGCCAUGGCCGCCUCCACCAUGUCCGUCUGCUCUGAGCCCUGGCAGGUGGACGACUGCCCAGAGAGCUGCUGCGAGCCCCCCUGCUGCGCCCCCAGCUGCUGCCAGCCCAGCUCCUGCGCCCCGGCCCCCUGCCUGAGCCUCAUCUGCACCCCAGUGAGCUGUGAGUCCAGCCCGAGCUGCCAGCCGGCUUGCUGCUCCUCCUCCUGCCAGCCGUCCUGCUGUGAGUCCGUCUGCUGCAAGCCCGUGUGCUGCACACCUGUCUGCUGCAAGCCCGUCUGUUGUAAGCCCGUCUGCUGCAAGCCUGUCUGCUGCACACCUGUCUGUUGUAAGCCUGUCUGUUGUACCCCCGUCUGCUCCGGGGACUCCUCCUCCUCCUGCUGCCAGCAGUCUGACUGCCAACCAGCUUGCUGCUCCUCGUCCUGUCAGCCGUCCUGCUGCAAGCCUGUCUGCUGUAAGCCUGUGUGCUGCACACCCGUCUGCUGUAAGCCCGUCUGCUGCACACCCGUCUGCUGCAAACCUGUCUGCUGCAUCCCCGUCUGCUCCGGCACCUCCUCCUCCUCCUGCUGCCAGCAGUCUGACUGCCAACCAGCUUGCUGCUCCUCGUCCUGUCAGCCGUCCUGCUGCAAGCCUGUCUGCUGUAAGCCUGUGUGCUGCACACCCGUCUGCUGUAAGCCCGUCUGCUGCACACCCGUCUGCUGCAAACCUGUCUGCUGCAUCCCCGUCUGCUCCGGCACCUCCUCCUCCUCCUGCUGCCAGCAGUCUGACUGCCAACCAGCUUGCUGCUCCUCGUCCUGUCAGCCGUCCUGCUGCAAGCCUGUCUGCUGUAAGCCUGUGUGCUGCACACCCGUCUGCUGUAAGCCCGUCUGCUGCACACCCGUCUGCUGCAAACCUGUCUGCUGCAUCCCCGUCUGCUCCGGCACCUCCUCCUCCUCCUGCUGCCAGCAGUCUGACUGCCAGCCAGCUUGCUGCUCCUGCUCCCCCUGCCAGCCGUCCUGCUGCGUGCCCAUCUGCUGCAAGCCCAUCUGCUGCACACCCUCCUCCUCCUCCUCCGUGUCCCUGCUCUGCCGCCCUGCCUGCCCCCGCCCAGCCUGCUGUGGCCUCUCCCUGGGCCAGAAGUCCUGCUGCUGACAGGCCUUGUCCCCCAGGGCUGGGUGGCUCAUGCUGCAGAGUUGCUCUGAGACCAGCCCUGACUUG